GAGACGAUCAUAUCCAUGUGUAUUUUGUGCUGGCGGCUGCGGAACCGAUGGAUUAUGUUUCCCCUCCACCCCUUUGUCCCUACGCUCGCACCACCUUCACAGGAUCUACCCGGUGGAAUCCGGCCACGGACGGCAGGGAGUGGUGGCUCCCUCCACCACACCACUCCGCCCUCAGCUCACCUCUCUCGCCCGGUUGCCCCCACUCUACAAUAAGUAGCUUAUCGCCUCAGGAUUACACGGCCACGCCGCGGCAGCGAAUCCCCACCUCCCAUGGCCACCACCGCCCUCCUCCUCCGCGCCCACCACGCCUGCCGUCCGCCGCCGGCCGCGCGGCCCGCGCCGCCGGGGCGCGCGGCGAUCGUGUGCAGGGCCGCGUCGGCGUCCGCGGGGCAGGCGCUGCGCUCGAUGGCCCCGCCGCCGCGGCCCGAGCUGCUCUCCCUCGACCUGCCCCGCUACGACCCGGCGCGCUCCCGGCCCGUCGACCUCGCCGUGGUGGGCGGCGGGCCCGCGGGGCUCGCCGUGGCGCAGCGCGUCGCCGAGGCGGGCCUCUCCGUCGUCUCCAUCGACCCCUCCCCGGGCCUCGUCUGGCCCAACAACUACGGCGUCUGGGUCGACGAGUUCGAGGCCAUGGGCCUCUCCGACUGCCUCGACACCGUCUGGCCCUCCGCCUCCGUCUUCAUCGACGACCACACCUCCAAGUCGCUCCACCGCCCCUACGCCCGCGUCGCGCGCCGCAAGCUCAAGUCCACCAUGAUGGACCGCUGCGUCGCCCACGGCGUCCGCUUCCACCAGGCCAAGGUCGUCAAGGUCGUCCACAACGAGGCAUCCUCCCUCAUCGUCUGCGACGACGGCGUCGCCGUCCCGGCCACCGUCGUCCUCGACGCCACCGGCUUCUCCCGCUGCCUCGUGCAGUACGACAAGCCAUACAACCCCGGAUACCAGGUCGCCUACGGCAUCCUCGCCGAGGUCGACGAGCACCCAUUCGACAUCGACAAGAUGCUCUUCAUGGACUGGCGCGACUCACACCUCCCCGAGGGGUCCGCGAUCAAGGACCGCAACAGCCGCGUGCCCACCUUCCUCUACGCCAUGCCAUUCUCGCCCACCAGGAUCUUCCUCGAGGAGACGUCGCUGGUCGCGCGCCCGGGGCUAUCCAUGGACGACAUCCAGGAGCGCAUGGCCGCGCGGCUGAGGCACCUGGGAAUUCGCAUCAGGAGCGUCGAGGAGGACGAGCGCUGCGUGAUCCCCAUGGGCGGGCCGCUGCCCGUGCUGCCGCAGAGGGUGGUCGGCAUCGGCGGCACGGCCGGGAUGGUGCAUCCAUCCACAGGGUACAUGGUGGCGCGCACACUGGCGACCGCGCCCAUCGUGGCAGACUCCAUCGUGCGGUUUCUAGACACCGGAAACGGCGGCAUCGCCGGGGACGCGCUCGCCGCCCAGGUGUGGAAGGAGCUGUGGCCCACGGACAGGCGGAGGCAGAGGGAAUUCUUCUGCUUCGGCAUGGACGUCCUGCUCAAGCUCGACCUCCAAGGUACACGACGCUUCUUCAACGCAUUCUUCGACCUCGAGCCGCACUACUGGCACGGCUUCCUCUCGUCGAGGCUGUUCCUGCCUGAGCUCCUCAUGUUCGGGCUCUCGCUGUUCGCGCACGCCUCAACCACGUCCAAGCUGGAGAUCAUGGCCAAGGGCACCGUGCCCCUUGCCAAGAUGGUCGGCAACUUGAUACAGGACAAGAAUAGGUGAUAACUUUAGAGGGUAUGUACCUGCAUUUCUCAUCUCAAGAUCUUCAUGGGGUCUUUGAUUUUGGCAUAGCUUUUCUCCAAUGUAUAUCUAUGAUUGGCAACGAGGAUUUAAAUAGCACUGCUAGCAACAGCAGCUUAGGACCUCCAGGGAGAUGUAACAAUUCUUGCUGCUGCUACGUUAUUGAGAUGUAUAGUUCAUACUGAGGUAUCGCUCCAUGUAUUAUAUGUCAUGAUGGGCAAACACGGAUCAAAGUUUUCCCGUAAA